AUGCCUCCUCGGAAAAAGCGAGAGAACAGAGACACCGAUGAUGGUCCCAGGAAACGACGACGAGCAGAUGAUCAGGAAGAGGGCAGAGUUGUCAUCUCAGACAGCGACGAGGUAACCAGUUGAUCUAACGUUACUGUAGUUAGCUAGCUGGUAACACACUGACUAGCUAGCGAACUACCUUCACACACUAGACGCAGAACUACCGAGCUAGCUAUAUUUUUGUGUAAAGGGACCUUUCAUUCAAUCUUAGCUAUAACAUAAAGACUAUAUGGUAUACUUGAUAACUGAAGCAGAGAGACUGCUAGGCCGAUAGUUAUCAAGCAUAGUAUACAGUCUUUAUAUUAUAGAUAAGAUUUAAUUAUAUGUCAUCUCUCUUCUAACCCAGGAUGAAGACUUCAGACCAACAUCAUCAUCAUCAAGAGAGGAGCGCAGACAGGAGAAGGAGAGUAAAACACGAUCAAACGGUAUACUGUCCAACAUAUGUCUCCUUAUUUGUAGCUAAUUAGACUAAUCAUUUUCAUGUAGCACAUCACUCGAAUGCAACUAUUGAAGCACUGCUAGAUGGAACUUUAAUCUACUGUACUGAAACUGUCCCUUCUCUUCUCAGAGAUGACGGAGGAGAAGAUGCUGGACCUGGCCAUGAGGCUAAGUAAACAGGAGGCCAGUAGCGCUGCUCUCAGGCAACAACAGGAGGAGGAGGCCAUGAGGAAGGCCAUUGCUGAAAGCCUCUACGUAAGUGAAGAUAAUACUGACAGAAAUAAAAUGUCGCCUGGAGAUUUCCUCUAGCACAGACCUCGCUAUUAUUUCAGAUCAAACCAACCAUUUGUAUUGCAUUCUAUCUAUUCCUGUGAUACAUGAGUGUUGCUGUAUCCCUCCAGGCAGACAGCCCUACUCAUCCCCACUCAGAAUCUCUGCUCGGGGCAGGGAGCCCUACCCAACAAUGUCAAAAUUACCCUCCAGAGGGAGAGAGCAGCAUACGUAAGCUCUCCUACCCAAACCAUGGUGUGGCUGACAGACAGGGAGCCCGCGGAGGAGGUGUUAGUGUAGGGGUGGCUCCCUCAGACAGGAGGGGGAAGAAGGAGGGAAGCCCAUUACGAGAUAUGCCUGACCUGUCUCAGACCCAGAAGGUCUACUCCCAGUCCUCCCCCCUCAGCCAAGCUUCCACCUCUGUGCCUCUCCCUUCCUCACAGGUCAGUGGUGCACACACACAGACCUAUGUCAUUAUUUAUCUGUCAUUGCCUGUUCAACCCUAGCUGUUGCUAUGCAUUUCUUCAGGGGCUUCUAUGGGCCCAGAUCUAACUAACUACGCUUAUACCUUAAGACUUAAAUAAUGUAUGUGUUAAGUUCUGGUGACAGCAGGGUAGAAGAACCAACUACAUACUUAUAUCUAAAUGUGUUUUUAACAUAACAAUGUUAGCAAAACUCUUCACUCAUCACAGGCUAAGAAUGCAUGCCAGAUCAGUUCUUAUGAUGUUUUUAUGAUAACAUCUUCUAUGCCAUUUUAAGGAGGAGGGGUCUUCUCAGAGGAACCUUUUCGGAGACAGCACAGCCAAAGCAAUAGAAUCUCAGGACUACAACAACUCCACAAAGAGUGACUCCCAGUCCCAACUCAGGAUCAAGUCCCCUGUGUUCCCUUCCACUACGGCCCUCCAAGCCAGCAAACCUGUCCUGUGCCUGGAGAAGCUUAGCCAGAACCUCCUUGUAGACUGUCAGGCCUCUGGGUUCUUACUAAAGGGUCAUCCCAGCUUAACGCUUACCACAAAGUCCCAGAAAUCUCAGUCUUAUCAGCCCAAGAGCCCCACAUUCUCCAAUACCCCUGUGUUCUCCAGAACAGAGAGAGGUGCAGGUGAGGAACCAGGCCAAGGGAGUCCCUCCUUUCCUAAACACGGCAUGUUCUCUAAUAGUGAUUCAGGAGAGGAAGAAAAAGAGGCCAGUCCCACCGUUCCAAAAAGCCUGCUCAUUUUCAAGACUGAUAGAGGAAAGGCAGAGGAACAAGGGAGUCCAACUUCUCCUAAAAGCACCAUGUUCUCUAAGACUGAGACCUUCCCUGGAAGUCCAGUCUUUCCCAGAACUGAUCAGAUAAGGGACCAGGGUCCACAGAGCGCUGUUGAACAUGUCUCUACAACAGGAGACUAUGAGGAUGGAGAUAUAGAGGAUCCUCCAGAGUGUUCAAGUCAUAGGGUCCCUGCUGUGAAGAGCAGGGAUGGCUCAGUGUGCCUGCUACCACGCCCCAGAACAACCCUGUCCCUAAACAAGAGAUUUGUGCCUAUAAGGAAGACAGCUGGAGUUUCAGACAAAGUUGUUGACCAAAAGGAACGUGAGGGUGAAUCCUCGCAGAGAACUGUAAACAGGAUUAGCACGCCUGCAAAGUUGGGUAUGGUGUUUUCCUAUUGUUUUAACAACUGUCAUACAUACAAAGCAAUGUUACGAUCAUACAUUGAGUUUGAAUGAGAACAAGUAAUACAAUUAUGGCAGAUUCAAAUGGCCUCUCUGCCUGCCCUUUGGCUUUUUAUGUUCAGAUUCUAUGUAUGUAUUGACAUGAUUGUUCUCUUUAGUUGCAGAAGAAGACCUUCAUUCAGAAGAACUUACGUUGGCUUUGGAGACUCAGCCAAUGCAGGAGUUAACCAGUAAUAUGGCGCUACGCUGGUCAGAUGAUGACGAAGAGGAAAAUGGUCCUGCAAAGGUGAAGCCAGGGAACUACAAGAUUGUCUAUCACCAGUACUGUUAUAUAGCUUUUGGCCUCACCUGAAACCUAAUUUACUGUGUAUUGUGAAAACAUCUCUUUCUCUCUCUCUCUUACAGUCAGCUCACUCGCCCAGCCCAGUCUUCCCACAGGAGAAUGACCUCGCUCAGCCAAGCAACCAGGGUCUCUCCCCAAACACCCACCAUUGUUCCCCCCCACACAGGUACAGCCCCUGCCUCGUCCCCAAGAAACGCAUUCACACCGCCGAAGAUGCUGCGUGCGAGGAGGUGGAGAGCCAGUCCAAGUGCAUCCGGAAGAAGUUCACCUUCAAGGGCAUGUAUGGAGCCCCCCCUCCCUGUCUCCCCAGACAGGUUGCAGGUAGAGGGAGCCAGGAUGAGGCCAAAGCCGGAAGCCCCUCUUCCCACCAGGCCCAGUGCUCCUCGAGCCGCCUCUCUCCCCCCACAGACGGCCAGGGUGAUGGGGGAGUGGUGCGCUACUACUGGGGGGUGCCUUUCUGUCCGCGGGGGCAGAACCCAGACGCCUACACGCAGGUGAUCCUUCUUGGUCUGAUGUAGUUUUCAUUAAUUUUUUUUCUCACACAGACAUUCUCUGGAUUAUGAGUCAAUGUGGGUAACUGACAUCUGGGAACACAAAAAGGGGGGAUAUGAAAACUGUGUGCUAUUGUAUUGUGUAAGAAAAGUUCCAUCCAUUAUUUUGUAAUAUUUCAUUGAUCUGAUGUCAGAUGUCAUGACUUCUAACUGUAAGUGUGUAACUAAUAGAAAUUACAUGAUUUUCCUUACAGGUGAUCCUGUCCCAGCUGGAGGUGUAUGAGAAGAGCCUGAAGGAGGCCCAGAGGGGUUUGCUGAGGAAGGCAGGCUGGGGGGAGCCAGUCCUCCCUGGGCCCCCAGAGAGACCCUUCUCCAGGAGGGGACGCCCCGAGAGACACAGGGCCUCACGACUCCUGGAAGAGGAGGAGAGAGGGGAAAAACGUCAGGAAGAGCUAGUGGAGGUGGUAGAGGAUGAUGAAGAGGAGGGAGAGAAGAGGGAGAGACGGCGGUCACGGAGGGGGGCAGAAGGGAGAGGAAGACAGGAAUGGAAGGACUGCCAGGCACUGUUUGUGUCCUCUCCUGAACAAGAGGAAGUGAGUAUUGCUUAAUAUUUAGAAAUGCCUACUAUAGGCAGAUUGGCGCAAUACAUUUAUGUAUUUUCGUAGGCUGUGUUAAUAUUUAUUAAUUUUUCUUUAGAAGUAUCAAUCAUAUCAAAGGCUGUGAUGGUGCUACAGUACUUAGUAGAAGUUCCUUGUUACACUAUCUAACCACCAGAUGGUGCUAUCAAAUACUUACAAUCCCAAUGUGUUAAUAUAAUACGGGAUAAAAAACAGUGUCUCUCUUUUUGGAUAGACACAUUUUAUUAUGUGGAAAGGUCAAUCCACUUGAUGUUUUUCCCCCAGCAAAUUAUUUCUUUGUUUUGUCUUCCCAUAGAAAUCUCCCUCACCUGUAUUUCAUGCAGAUUCCAGUCAGCUAAUUCAACUUCGAAGGUAAGGGAGGCGUAAACUGCAAAAUCAUACAGUAUGGACCUAGCUUGUCUUUAAUCUCAAUGAUACAAGUGUUUUAAUUGUGCACAAGAAUGAAAAAAUGUAUAAAGAAUUCAGAGUUGAUUUCUCCUUUCCAGGAGACUUAGCCUUAGAAGAGAAGAGAAAAGACUGGCAGAAACACAACUGCCUGACUUACCGGAGGAGAGGGAGGAAGACGAGAAGGAAGAAAAGAGGGAUGAUGAAGAGGAUGGAGAGAAGAGGGAGGAGGAGGAAGAAGGGAUGGGGGAAGAAGAGGUGGAUGUCGGAGGCUUAGAAGUUCAAGGUAUAAGAAAUUACGUUUCAUUAUGUAAUUAUUCCAUAAACCAGUAGGUAUAUAUGGUUCCAUUUAGAACGUAAUACUAAAUGUUGUGAGCUUCAUAUGUAGCUGUAAUUGUCAUGCCACUACUUCUCCUUGUUGUUUCUGAUGGCAGAGACCCAACUCAGUGACGACAGCACUCAAGACCUCAUGGUCACCAGCCCUGAACAGGUUAGUCACUUCAGCACUACCAAAGACACUCAUACACAGAGCAUUCGAACUACGGUUCUGAUUGAUUCUCCUUAUUUUACCCAACACCUAGAAAUAAUGGGUGUGUACAUAGAAUUGUGAGGUUAUGGUUUAACAUUUACAUUUGAGUCAUUUAGCACAGUGGUUCCCAAACUGUGGUGCACGCCCCGGGGACGGCAGGGUGGGCGAUGGGGUCCCCCCCCUCCAAAAAUAAAACUGUCCGGUUUUCAACUUACUCUUGAAAGUUGUAAUAGUAGAAUCAAAUGCACAAGGUGCAAUUUCGAAAUUGGGUAGUUCAUCAUCAGUUUCUCUUGUCAUGUCAGUCAUUGCAUACCUUAGAGAGCUAUUUAUAACUUGUCAGAAAUGUCCAGAUCAACUAGCCCAUGUCAGCUAGUGUUUUUUUGCUAGGUUUGUUAGCCUAUAGAUUUUGUUGUUAUGUUUAAGUCACUCAAAUAUCACAUGAAUAGACAUUAGACAUGGCAAAAUGUGUGGAAUUGCAGGAAAUAAGCUUUAAACCUGCAAAAUGUCCUCUCCGCCAACAACAGGGGUGUGAACAGUUUGCGUCAUGAACAGUGCUUGUACCCAUAGAAAUAUGGGGCGCGGGAUGUUCCCAAAUGCAGGAAGAGGGGCCUGAGUGAAAAGGUUUGGGAACCCCUGAUUUAGCAGACACUCUUAUCCAGAGCGACUUAUGUCUAUGAUGGUUGUGUUGUCUAUGGUUUGAUUUGGUAACCCAUAGCCCCAGCCAGAGAGCCAGUCCCUGCCUCGGAUCCAGACCUUUCUUUCAUCACCCCGUACUCUGGAACAGCGUGAAGAGGGGAUGUUGGUGGUUGGAGAGGAGGAGGAGGGGCGGAGGAGUGGCCCUGUGGUGAUCCCUGCUGUAGGAGAGGAUGUUAGGAUGGAGGAGGAGGGGGAUAUCCCAGAGCCUGCCUUCCCUCAGAGCCCCAGCCCCAGCAUGGACUGUCCCAUGUGCAUGCAUCCCUUCUGCCUGACGGAGAUUGAGAUGCACGCUGCCUACUGUGACGGUACCACCGAUAUCAUGGAGGAGGAAAUGGCAGAGAGCCACUUGCAGGGUGAUAUGAUUUUCCUCUUGUAGGACAAUACAUCUGAUUCUGAGUAGACACAGCACAGCAGACCAGCAUGCUGAAAAUUAUUAACUUGUCAAUGUCACCAAAUUGUACAGUACCCACCAAUAUGGUAUUUUAUACACCUACAGGACUGAUGUACAUACAGUAAAACAGUACUGUUGAUAUGUAGUUUCAGUCAAGGCUCGUAGAAAGAGGACCAGAAGGGGAGAAAUCAUUGGAGAGGAGCAGCCCAGCUCUUCUGGCGCUGGCAAGUAGGUAUGACAGCAUUUACCUUGGUCUAGCAGCACGUCUUACUCAGGGGUUACUUUGGGAUUUUGUUGUGAGUUCCAUCUACUGUGUGUCCCAUCCUAAGGUGGUGAAAGUAAAUUCCCCUUACUCCCCCUUCCUAUAAUACCUAUACAUGUUAACAAAUGUGAAUUCAUGGAAGAGAAGCAACUGAUGUUCAUACCUUUUCUACAUGUGUGUUGUCUUGUUUCUAUAUGGUAGUUGUCUUGUUUCUACAGGUAGCUUAGUGGGUAAAAGCGUUGUGCCAGUAACCGAAAGGUCGCUGGUUCUAAUCCCCGAGCCGACUAGGUGAAAAAAUCUGUCGAUGUGCCCUUGAGCAAGGCACUUAACCCUAAUUGCUCCUGUAAGUCGCUCUGGAUAAGAGCGUCUGCUAAAUGACUAAAAUGUAAUGUAAUGUCUUCACAGCAGGGUGGUACAGGGAGAGAAGUGCUUCCUGUGUCAGCAGCUGUUUCCUCUCAAGGACCAUGAGAAGCAUGUAGAGGACUGCUUCAGGAACCAAGAGGUCUCCAAGGCUGCACCCAGAGACGGACAGGUACUCCAGGUUAGCAGUACUACACACACUAGUAGUUUUUUCUUCUUCUUCCUGGCACUGAUUCUGUGGAUAGCGGCUAUUUCAACGAAGGGUCUACUUGCAAUGACUGUGAUAUGUGGUUGUUUGUCUUACUAAACUUGGUUGAAAGCACUUCAAGUUGCUCCGGAUAAGAGUGACUGCUAAAUGACCAUAGCUCUUCUGAUCUUUCUUCUCUCUGUGUGACGAUCUUCCAGAGUGGAGACUUGCUGAGUGCUCUGGACCAGACAGAGCAUAGAGAUUCAGGUACUGUACUCUUACUUUCUGUGAUUGGAUUGUUUUACACUUUCCAAAUGCCUCUUUCCACCAUGUUUGAAUGGGAGAAAAAGAGAGCCAAUGUUUUCACUCUACUUGGUCUCUUUCUAGGGACUGGUGAGGCCGAACCAUGUGAUACUACCUUCAAUAACCAACAAAGGUAAGCAAAACAACAGGAAAUAGUGAUGGAUUUUUUUGGGAAAACUCCAUUUGACUGUUAAUGUAGUACCCACCCACGGUGACAUAGAUUGUGCCACGUCUGGGAUAGGGAGGGGAGUCUGAUAAGCGGACACUAGUUGUCUGUCAAGGAUAUACCCUGAUAGUUAGUUCUCUGAAGCAUUAUAGCAAGUCUAUUACAUGCUUAUAAGACUUCAUAAUUGUCCAUAGUGGACUAAGGCUGUUAGUAUACCCCUAUUUAAGUAGUUAUUCAUUUGCAAUUUUCUGCUGGUUUAAUAGUUCAUAAACACAUGACAUUUUUCUGUUCUGAGUUUAGUGCUGGUCUACGCUUGAUUGGGGGCUCCAAUCAGAAACGCAAAUGUUCACUCUCCGUUGCAUAAUGUUUUCCUACGGUCUACCCCAAUGAACAUGACCCUGCUCUGGUUAACCUUGUGACUUUUAUUCCAGUAGCCUGAUUGAUGAUCUGGACACAGCAGAAUCUGGGGGAAGUGGAGACUUCGCCACCCCAGGUUUCAGAGUGAGCACCUCGCCCAUCCAAUCCUUCACCCCUGUCUCAGAAGCCACAGACUGCCUUAUCGACUUCAAACGCCAAUGCUCUUCCUCUACCUCCUCUUCCUGCUCCAGGCCCAGCCAAAGAGGGAGAUUAAAACGAUAG